AUGUAGAGCAUAACAAGGCAAUAUAAAAAGAUUUUAUUUAACAAUAUAAAAAAUCUCUUUUGCACAUUUUUUAAUUUUUUUUUAAAAAAGUUAAAAUCUGCACAACUUAAUGUUUACAAGCGGAUAAAUGAGUGACAUGUCUCAAAGCAACUGGUUCUUUCUUUAAACAAACAUCCACCAUUUAAAAGUUUUUCUUUGAUCUGUUUUAUCUUCUUUUUUUAAAUUUUCUUUUCUUUCUUCUUGACAUCACUCUGAGAGUUAUCCUCCUAAAUCUGCAUAACCAAAGCUGCAGAGUUUCAGUUUCUGGCUCAUCAGUGCUGUGAAAACCUCGCUGUCAUUACAGAAACUGGCCACUUGGAGGCGCCCGACUCAUAUUCCAAGAUGCGUUGAAGCGGAGGCUGCGAGCAGGAAAAGUGGGCUUGGGGAGAAAAAAAAGGAAAAAAUCUCUCUCCUGAACUGUUUACCCUGACGUCAGUUUGCAGAAGUAGCUCUGCCCUGUCUCCUCCAGUGUCUCCGAAACUCCUCUCAGUGAGAGCUGAGGGGGAGCAGAUGGGCUCCGCUGUGGCAGCGCGCGGCCGGACCCCACGGAGUGAAUGAAAUGACCUCCUCUUCUCCUCAUCUAAAGUGGACUAAAACACCUACACGAUGAACACCUGCACAUUUCUGCUGAUCUUGACGGUUCAGAUCUACGCCGACGGCAUCGAAGGGCCAACAGCUGCUGGCUGCACGUUUGAAGAGGACUCUGACCCUAAUCUGUGUGACUUCACCCAGGGGGAGGAGGAUGACUUCGACUGGCUCUUGUUUCGAACCUACAGUUCGCCUUCGUCGAGUUUUGACCUCCUAAAGGGGUCCUACAUGUUGGUGAACUCCUCCCAGCAUGCCGCGGGGCACCGGGCUCAGCUGUUGCUGCAGACUCUGAGUGAAAACGACACUCACUGCGUCCAGUUCAGCUACUUCCUGUACAGCCGCGAUGGCCACAGUCCUGGGGCCCUCCGAGCGUACGUCCGCGUCAACGGCGGUCCGCUUGGCAAUCCGGUGUGGAACAUGUCCGGCUCCCAUGGCAAACAGUGGCAUCAGGUGGAGCUGGCUGUCAGCACCUUCUGGCCGAAUGAAUAUCAGGUGCUGAUCGAGGCCACUGUUUCCAGGGAGCGUCAAGGUUACAUCGCUGUAGAUGACAUCAUGGUCCUCAACUACCCCUGCUAUAAGGCGCCACAUUUCUCGCGGCUUGGGGAUGAAGAGAUCAACGCUGGUCAAAAUGCUACUUUCCAGUGUGUUGCUGCUGGAAAAGCCUCAGAGGCUGAGAAGUUCCUGCUGGAGAGACAUAAUGGGGACAUUUUAACGAUGGCAUCGGUCAAGCACCUGAGUCAUCGGCGCUUUGUGGUGUCUUUCCAACUGGAUAGUGUCCAGCGUUCCCAUCAAGACCUUUACCGCUGUGUCACGCAGUCCCUCAGGGGCUCAGGAGUUUCCAACUUUGCUGAACUUGUCGUCAAAGUACCUCCGUCCCCCAUUGCACCGCCUCAGCUGCUCCGUGCCGGCUCCACUUACCUGAUCAUCCAGCUCAACACUAACUCUAUCCUGGGAGAUGGCCCCAUUAUCAGGAAGGAGAUUGAGUACCGUGCUAGCCAGUCUCCAUGGUCAGAAGUGCACGGAGUCAACAUGGUCGCCUAUAAGUUGUGGCACCUGGAUCCAGACACGGAGUACCACAUCAGCGUGCUGCUGACUCGGCCCGGAGAAGGAGGAACUGGCCCGCCUGGACCUCCCCUUGUGAGCAGAACCAAAUGUGCAGAGCCCAUGCGGCCCCUGCGAGGACUCACCGCCACAGAUAUCCAGUCCAGGCAGUUGACUCUACAGUGGGAGAAUCUGGCAUUCAACCUGACUCGGUGCCACACGUAUUCAGUGUCCCUGUGCUACCGCUACACCAUGGCGGGAGGAGGUGGAGACCACAACACCACCGUGCGCGAAUGCCUGGCGGUGGAACACAACGCCUCGCGCUUCACACUGCGUGAUUUGCCGCCCUACCACAGCAUCCAUGUCCGUCUGUCUCUGGCAAACCAGGAGGGGAAGAAAGAGGGCAGAGAGGUCACCUUCCAGACUGAGGAGGACAUUCCCGGAGGUAUAGCACCAGAGUCGCUCACCUUCACCCCGCUGGAUGACAUGAUCUUCCUGAAGUGGGAGGAGCCUGUGGAGCCCAACGGUCUAAUUACUCAAUACGAGAUCAGUUACCAGAGCAUCGCAUCGUCGGACCCGGGAAUCAACGUUCCAGGACCCAGGAGGGCGGUGUCCAAGCUGAAAAAUGAAACCUACCACAUGUUCUCCAACCUUCACCCGGGAACCACGUACCUGAUCUCCGUGCGUGCACGCACAGCCAAGGGUUUCGGCCAGACAGCAUUGAAGGAAAUCACCACCAACAUCUCAGCGCCUUCGUUUGACUACAGAGACAUGCCGGGCCCGCUGAACGAGACCGAGAGCACCAUUACGGUGCUGCUGCGUCCCGCCCAAGGCAGAGGAGCGCCUGUCAGCACGUACCAGGUGGUGGUGGAGGAGGAAACCGUGAAGAAGGUGAAGCGGGAGCUGGGGCCUCAGGACUGCUUCCCGUUGCCCAUGCCGCACAGUGUGGCCCAGGCGCAGGGUUUACCGCACUACUACGCCGCCGAGAUGCCGCCAAGCAGCCUGCCGGAGGCCAGCCCCUUCACUGUGGGCGACAACCACACUUACAACGGCUACUGGAACAGCCCACUGGACCCCCGCAAAAGCUACCUGGUUUACUUCCAGGCGAUGAGCAACUUCAAAGGGGAGUCGAGAAUAAAUUGCAUCCGGAUCGCCCGCAAAGCCUCAUGCAAAGACCACCGGAGCGUUCUGGAGAGGACCCAACACUCUGAGGACAUGGGGCUGAUUCUGGCCGUCUGCGCUGGGGGGCUGGUGGUCCUCAUCCUGCUGCUGGGCGCGGUCAUCAUCAUCAUUAAAAAAGGAAGGGACUACUACUCUUACUAUCCGAAGCCCGUGAACAUGAAUAAGACACCCAUCACCUACCGGCAGGAGAAGAGCCACAUGGGCUCCAUGGAGCGCAGUUUCACAGACCAGAGCACCCUCCAGGAGGACGAAAGAAUGGCCCUUUCCUUCAUGGACACGCACACAUGCGGCACCAGGAGUGACGCUCGUAGUUCGGUGAACGAAGCCAGCAGUCUGCUCGGAGGCUCCCCGAGGCACCAGUGCGGACGCAAGGGCUCCCCCUACCACACGGGGCAGCUCCACCCGGCCGUCCGAGUGGCCGACCUGCUCCAGCACAUCAACCAAAUGAAGACGGGGGAGGGCUACGGCUUCAAACAGGAGUAUGAGAGCUUCUUCGAUGGAUGGGACUGCACAAAGAAGAAGGACAAAACCAAAGGGAGGCAGGACACUUUGCUGGGAUAUGAUCGCCACCGAGUGAAGCUCCACCCUCUACUGGGAGACCCCAACUCCGAUUACAUUAACGCUAACUACAUUGAUAUUCGGAUUAACAGGGAAGGCUACCAUCGAUCCAACCACUUCAUCGCCACUCAGGGACCCAAGCAGGAGACUCUGUAUGAUUUCUGGAGGAUGGUGUGGCAAGAAAACUGCUUCAGCAUCGUCAUGAUCACUAAGCUGGUGGAGGUUGGCAGGGUGAAAUGCUGUAAAUACUGGCCUGACGACAGCGAGAUGUACGGCGACAUCAAGAUAACGCUGCUGAAGACGGAGACUCUUGCUGAGUACACAGUCCGCACCUUUGCCUUGGAGAGGAGAGGAUAUUCCACCAAGCAUGAGGUCCGUCAGUUCCACUUCACAUCCUGGCCCGAACACGGGGUUCCCUAUCACGCGACUGGCCUACUGGCUUUUAUACGAAGAGUGAAAGCCUCAACUCCUCCUGACGCCGGCCCCGUGGUCGUCCACUGCAGUGCGGGGGCAGGGCGGACCGGCUGCUACAUCGUACUGGAUGUCAUGUUGGACAUGGCGGAGUGUGAGGGCGUGGUGGACAUCUACAACUGUGUGAAAACCCUGUGCUCUCGGCGCAUCAACAUGAUCCAGACUGAGGAGCAGUACAUCUUCAUCCAUGAUGCCAUUCUGGAGGCGUGUCUGUGCGGAGACACUUCCAUCCUGAUGAGCGAGUUCGCCGUCACUUACAAAGACAUGCUGCGAGUGGAUUCUCAGAGCAAUUCCUCGCCGCUGCGGGAAGAGUUUCAGACACUCAACUCAGUGACUCCCCAUCUGGAUGUGGAGGAGUGCAGCAUCGCUCUGCUGCCCAGAAACCGAGAGAAAAACCGCAGCAUGGACGUCCUGCCGCCUGACCGUGCCCUGGCCUUCCUGGUAACCACAGAGGGGGAGAGCAACAACUACAUCAAUGCUGCGCUGGCUGACAGCUUCCACCGGCAGGCGGCUUUUAUAGUGACCCCUCACCCUCUGCCUGGGACCACAGCGGACUUUUGGAGGCUGGUCUUUGACUACGGCUGCACCGCAGUGGUCAUGCUCAACCAGCUAAACCAGUCCAACUCUGCCUGGCCUUGUGUUCAGUACUGGCCCGAGCCCGGUUUACAGCAGUACGGACCCAUGGAGGUGGAGUUUCUGUCCAUGUCAGCAGAUGAGGAUGUCAUCACUCGUCUGUUUCGGGUCAAGAACGUCACACGGCUCCAGGAAGGCCAGCUGGUGGUGUGUCAGUUCCAGUUCCUGCGCUGGUCGGCCUAUCGAGACGUUCCCGACUCCAAGAAGGCGUUCCUCAACCUGCUGGCUCAAGUUCACAAGUGGCAAAGAGAAUGUGGAGAAGGACGCACUGUUGUGCACUGCCUCAAUGGUGGUGGUCGGAGUGGGACCUUCUGUGCCUGUAACAUCCUCCUGGAGAUGAUCCAGUACCAGAACAUGGUGGACAUCUUCUAUGCUGUCAAAACUCUGCGGAACUGCAAACCCAACAUGGUGGAGUCUCUGGAGCAGUAUCGAUUUUGCUAUGACCUCAUCCUGGAGUACUUGGACUGCUUUGAAGGCAGAUAGCAGCUAAACGUUUUCGACAGCAGCUGGAUCCUGAGCGCUGGAGAUCUGAUUUGAGGCCACUCCUGACCUCCCUUCUUCUUAAAUGCUUGGACCUUUGGACCCGUCUUUGAACGAACUGCAAUGCAAAGAAAAAAAAAACAAAAUAUCAAAAAAAAAGAAAAAUGGUUCUUACUUUUAACCUUUAAUGUACAGCCGUGAUUUCCUCCUAGUCGGUGACGUUUAUCUCUUUUGAUAUUUUUUAUGUUUUCCUUCGUCCUCUUUGCCUCUCAGACUAAAUGUCUUUUGUGCUAAAAGUUUCUUGUAGCAACAAAAAAAAGGACCUGUCUGUUUGGAGGAAAGGUCACCAGGACUAUUCUUCAUCAUUUUGCUCAAACGGUGAAGUGGAGUGUAAUAUUGGAGCUGCAGUCGCAUUAAGUGGACCUGGACCACACUACAGUCGUGGCAUGACCUACCUACCAUACCAUAAACUGCCUUAUUGUCCGAAACUGUUCAGAUCAACAGGUCAAAUCCAGACAGAAACAAGAGGUUUGAAUCCAUCUAUCAGAAUUGAGCAGCCCAGUUUCAGGAGUGGUGAAGCAGAAACUGUACAGUCAUGCAACGAGUUGUAUUUUGCGAUAAUGUUCGUGGCGGAUUACCACAUCUGCAACAGGUGCGCUGCGGCAGCGGGCCACCAGCGGGACUGCCUGUCUCAUCACUGUCACAGUGCCAAUCCCACAGACUUGAAUCCUUUUUUGCUUUGAUCCGCCGCUUCAUCUCGACGUGGGACUACGAACGUACAGCGUGGACGGCGCCAGCUGCUGAUCUCGCUCCAGAGUGAAUUCAGUAACCCUGUGGGGAAGAAAAAGUGAGCAGCAGGAUGUGAAAAAAACACAACUUCUCUUGCUGUGCUGAUAUGUGGAGGCAGGUUUUCAAACUGUCCGGCUUCUUUAUGGUCCCAGGCCCUGGGGUACGCCGUAAAGCAUCAAAGCUGAGCCUUGUAGAUUUGAUUGUUGGAGAUGGGGGCCUUGUUUGGACAGUUAAGGUGUUCUGUAAGUCAAUAAAUAUGUCAUUUUAAGGGGCAUUAACCUAAGAAAAAUCCCAUAAUUUAGUUUUUGAAAACUAUUUAUUAUAAAUAUGAGAGAAGCAAACGUGGGAGAAACUUUUCUGUUCAUUUCUUUUUCAACUGCUCGGUGCCUGAACAUCACAGGAGCUCUGCAUCGGAAUCAGAUUUGGAAUCACCUCUAAAGAGGAAACUUCACUCAAAAAAAUAAAACUUUUUUAUUUUUUUUUUUCGAAAGAUCGCAAAAUUAUACCCUCACCCUCCCCACAUUUCUUCCCUUUAAAACACGCUCCCCUCCUCCGUAUCUCCUGAAGCUCCUUUAAGUGCAGGUUUUGUGCGCGCACAGAGCUGAUGGGAACUCUGGAGUACGUGCCCUGAUAAACAAGGAGAGGCAGCUUCUUGAAGCUGAAAAAUGGCAGCUACAGGCAAUUUCUGCUGCGGGUUGGCAGCUCACAGUCAGAUUUGGGUGGGAGUGCCAGAAUGUGCGAGGGAUCAGACGACGCAGCAACAUCAGCAGGCUCCCGAAAGACGUUUGGGGUAGCAACAGUGCAGUGAUCUGAUGUCCUCUGGAUUGCUGAAGGAAGUGCCUGGACACUCGAGAGAGGGAAAAACAUGUAUAUAUGGAUGUAUACUGUCAUGUGAAUACUAUGUGAAUAAUAUACUAUAUGUUUGCCCAGAGUAAAGACGUACAGUAAGUAAAAACUGCAUAACCAUAAAGCUGAAUGUGCAGAAAAUGAUCAUUUUUGUGAGUUCAUUUGCUGUACUUGAACUCUUUAAGCGCCUAUCCUGUGCUCUGAGUUAAAGUUUCCGCUUUGCAUUUCAUCUAACUGAUUUCAAAAUCUGGACACACGUGACUUACUUGAUUCUCUGUUUGAGUGCGUUGUACUUUUCCCAUUCCAAACUUUGUAUUAUCACUGCAAUUGCCAACAAAAGACCAUGUAACUCAUUUUUUUCUCCCCGUAUGAACCAACGGAACAUAACAACUGUGUUUCUGGACUUUGUAUUUGUGUGAAAAAGAGGCGUAUUUAAUGCGAGUCGGUGAGGAAAGCUGUAUAUCAGGGUCGGGAAGGGUUUCCUUUGAAGGUUAACGAUUAACAAUAAAAGUGCAAACGGAAAAAAAACAGA